AGAUGCCAAAUGACAAGAGUAACCAGCAGGUGCUGCAGCAGACCAUCCAGUCCAACCUGGAGUGCUUCCUGUUCCUGCAGCAGGCAGAGGAGGCUGAGAGGUACCUCCUGCUGUGCCACAGCUCUCUAGUGAAGAGGAAGGUGCUGGAUGUUGGUGCCUUCAACAUCGUCAUGCGCAUCUGGGCCAGGAAGAUACCUGCAGCAGCUGAACAGCAGUGGCUUCCAUGUGGAUGAGCUCUUCCAAAAGUGCCUGUUUGAGGAAGAUGAGAAGGAGAUGGUGCUGUGGGCCAUCAGGACUGUGCAGCCCAACUACCAGCUGCCUCCUCCACCCAGCCCCAAGAUCUCCAAGUCUUCUCUGCUCCAGGACUUCUAUUCCAGAGAGACGAUGGGGUCGUACCCCAAGCUGGAUUUCUCCAUGAAGGAGUUGCAGGAGCGCUUCCAGCAGCAGCUGGAGAUGGAGCUGAAGAACACCGUGACCAUCGAGUCAGUGGAGGCAGCCAAGCCCCUGACCCCACAGGCUAUCAAAGCGCGUGAGCUGCUGGGCACCCUCCGCUCCCAGUGGCGCGAUGCCAUCCUGCAGGCCCUGCAGAACUCCAAGCGCAGCAUGACCAGGCCCAAGAGGCUGUCCAAGUACAGUGUCCUCUACCCCUACCUGUGUCUGCUGCCAGAUGAGGAGUAUGUGGACAUCAUGCUGCAGAUCCUCAAUGAUCUGUCUCCACAAGGUGAGUCCCUGGCAGUCCUGGCCAGGGAGCUGGGCUCCAAAGUCUACGACAGGUACAUCAUCCAGAGGAAGCUGCGCAGCGGCCAGCUGGAGAAGGUGCAGCAGAUCUAUGAGAGCUACAUCCAGCUUCUAGCAAAGGACAGCCAGCCUAAACAGUACUUGCCACGGGAAUACUGGGAGAAGCUGGUGGCAGAAGCAGGCUUUGGGCCUUCCCUGAACUUGAAGACUUGCAGCUGGCCAUGUGUGCUCCUCAUGCGCCUGGGCAUGCACAUGCUGGAGCUCCUGGUGAAGGCUGUUAAGGUGCCCAGGAACAUCCUCAAUCGUCGCCUGGAGUCCAAGCCUAUCCCUGUCCUCUACCACGUCUACUCCUUCUACAGUAACUGGCAGGUCGGGCUGAUAAGGCCCCAUCCCAUCUUCUCCCAGCUUGUGUCAAACGCUGCAGAGACCACGUUGACCUUCAACUCCUCUGCCAUGCCCAUGCUGUGCCCCCCUGUGCCCUGGACCUCCCCCACUUUUGGUGCCUUUGUCCUCAACGACACCAAGCUGAUGCGUUUCAUGGAUGACACCACCCACCACCAGCUGCUCCUGGAGCAGUGUCCCCUCGUGAACCUCCACCCCGUGCUGGAUGCCCUGAACCAGCUGGGCAACUGCGCCUGGAAGAUCAACCAGCCAGUGCUGGAUAUUAUCAUCUCCAUCUUCAAUGACAAAGGGGAUGAGAAGCUGGACAUCCCACCACCCCUCUCUGAGGCUCCCAAGCCUCCCACUCCUCCUGGCAAUUCCUCCACCUGGAGCAAGUCCUUCAAGCACGAGAUGUUCCUGUGCAAGAAGAAGACUGCAGAGAUGCACAGCCUGCGCAUGGACGCGCUCUACAAGCUCUCCAUCGCCAACUACGUCAGGGACAAGGUGUUCUGGUUCCCUCACAACAUGGACUUCCGUGGCAGGACUUACCCAUGCCCACCCUAUUUCAACCACCUGGGGAACGAUGUCACCCGGGCCAUCCUGCUGUUUGCAGAGGGGAGGCCACUGGGGCCCAAGGGACUUGACUGGCUGAAGAUCCACCUUAUCAACCUGACAGGGCUGAAAAAGAAGAAUGCCUUGCAGGAGCGGCUGGAGUAUGCCAAUGAAAUCAUGGAGGACAUCCUGGACUCGGCUGACCACCCGCUCACGGGCAGGAAGUGGUGGAUGGACACCGAUGAGCCCUGGCAAGCCUUGGCAUGCUGUAUGGAAAUCGCCAAAGCCUCGAGGUCCCCAGAUCCAGCAGCCUACAUCUCUCACUUCCCAGUUCACCAGGAUGGCUCCUGCAAUGGGCUGCAGCACUAUGCAGCGCUUGGCCGGGAUCUCAGCGGCGCUGCCUCCGUCAACCUGGUGCCCUGUGGGCUCCCUCAGGAUGUCUACAGUGCAGUGGCCCAGCAGGUGGAGGAGUUUCGGAAGAAGGAUGCAGAGCGGGGUUUGAAGAUUGCCCAGGUGCUGCAGGGCUUCAUCAGCCGCAAGGUGGUGAAGCAGACGGUGAUGACAGUCGUGUACGGGGUCACUCGCUACGGCGGCCGCCUGCAGAUCGAGAAACGCCUCAAGGAGAUCGAUGAGUUCCCCGAGGAGUAUUUGUGGGAAGCAUCUCAUUAUCUGGUGAAGCAGGUGUUCAACAGCAUCAAGGAGAUGUUCUCAGCGACUCGAGAUAUCCAGAACUGGCUGACAGAGAGUGCCAAGCUCAUCGCCCAGUCAGGCCGGACGGUGGAGUGGGUCACACCUCUGGGGCUGCCCAUCAUCCAGCCCUACUAUCGCUCCAGGUCCACUGUGCUGAAUUGUGGCAUGCAGCGUUUGAGUGUGAAAACCUCCAACAGCAGCCAGAAGCCUGACACUGUGAAGCAGAAGAAUGCCUUUCCCCCCAACUUCAUCCACUCUCUGGACUCCACACACAUGAUGCUCACAGCACUGCACUGCCUCAGGAAGGGCCUGACCUUCGUCUCAGUCCACGAUUGCUACUGGACUCACGCGCUCACCGUGGAUGUCAUGAACCAGGUCUGUCGGCAGCAGUUUGUGGCUCUGCACAGUGAGAAGAUUCUGCAGGAUCUGUCUGAGUUCAUGCUGGAGAAAUAUUGCAGCUCAUCCAGCUCCAGCACAGAGCCCAUAGCCCAUUGGCAGAAGAGACUGAUGGAGCAGCUGUCAAAUGUCCCCAGGACAGGUGAAUUCAACCUGAAGCAAGUGAUGGAUUCCACAUAUUUCUUCAGCUGAGCCUGUCAGUCCACAGGGCCCUGAUAUACCUCUGGACCUCCAGCCAUGGUGGGCACUGGCCUGCAAUGCUCUUCUGUCCAAUAUCUCAUGGGGAAGAAGGUGCAGCCUCCAGCCCAGCAAGGGGCAAACGGAGACUCUGAUGGAGCAGCUUGUGGGGGACAGGGGCUCUGCACUGUUUGCUGUUCCAGCACAGGGAGAGGGCACCAAGCCCUGCAGAGGGCUGCAGCUCUGGGCUGGGGCCAAAGGAGUGGCAGGAGCCAGCGUGGCUCCCCUCAGCCCUCACCCCAGUGCUGUGAGCACUGUCCUUUGCCUGGCUGUUGCCUGUCCUGGGGUGCUGUCCCUCCUCUCCUUCCCUCUCUUGCCAGCCAGGCUCAAACUUGGCAGGGCAGGCAGCUGACCUGGCCACAGCAGGAGCCCCAGCCCUGCUCUUGAACAGGGCAGGUGCUGCUGUGCUCUGCUCCAGCUCUGGGCACUGUCCUCACUCUCCAUAGUGCAGCCUCUGCUCUUCACUCUCUUUUGCAGGGAUGAGUUUUGCUGCUGCUGACUGGGGAUCAGGCAGGGAAAACCACUAACUCGGGGGUCAACGUGUAUAAUAUUGUAAAUAAAAUGUUUUUUGAAAUACAA